GGGCUGGUGCGGAGUCGCUUCCCCGAGGGCCCGGAGUCAGUGCGCGGGAGCCGAGCUGUGCGACCCUAGUCCUUGAUCCGUCCACGCUAUUUGCCUCGCUCUGCAUGGUUGAUUUGUUUCUCCAGUGUCCUUUCCCGGGUGCUAUGGGGGACCCCUCCAAGAAGAAGCCCGGGACGGCUAUGUGCGUGGGCUGCGGGAGUCAGAUCCACGACCAGUUCAUCCUGCGCGUGUCGCCGGACCUCGAGUGGCACGCUGCCUGCCUCAAGUGCGCUGAGUGCAGUCAGUACCUGGACGAGACGUGCACGUGCUUCGUGCGAGACGGGAAGACCUACUGCAAGCGGGACUAUGCGCGGCUCUUCGGCAUCAAGUGCGCCAAGUGUGAGUCGGGCCGGGCUGAGCGCGAGGGCCGGCGUUCGGGGCGACGCCAGGUUGUAGGGGAUGCGUGGGGCCCGGGGCCCAUAGCAGCAGAUGGACGAGAAGGAACAGUCUUGAACCCCGCGCCCGGCCGGCAGCCCGCGCCGCGCCCGCACGUGCACAAGCAGGCAGAGAAGACGACGCGCGUGCGGACCGUUCUGAACGAGAAGCAGCUGCACACGCUGCGGACCUGCUACGCCGCCAACCCGCGGCCCGACGCGCUCAUGAAGGAGCAGCUGGUGGAGAUGACCGGGCUGAGUCCGCGGGUCAUCCGCGUCUGGUUCCAGAACAAGCGCUGCAAGGACAAGAAGAAGUCGAUCCUCAUGAAGCAGCUGCAGCAGCAGCAGCACAGCGACAAGACGAGCCUCCAGGGCCUGACCGGGACACCGCUAGUAGCCGGCAGCCCCAUCCGACACGACAGCGCAGUGCAGGGCAGCGCCGUGGAGGUGCAGACGUUUCAGCCUCCCUGGAAGGCUCUCAGCGAGUUCGCGCUGCAGAGUGACCUCGACCAGCCGGCUUUCCAGCAGCUGGUCUCCUUCUCCGAGUCCGGCUCCUUGGGCAACUCCUCCGGCAGCGACGUGACGUCCCUGUCCUCGCAGCUCCCGGACACCCCCAACAGUAUGGUGCCGAGCCCUGUGGAGACGUGAGCGGAUCCCCACCGGACCUCGCAUGCUCCCUGCAUGAGACCCAGCUCAGGCCGCGCCAGCUCGUCCCUCGCCUCUGUUAUUAUUGAGAGCGGACCGAGGGGAAAACCCCGCGGUCAAGCCUGCAAAGCGCCAGGAAGUAGCCCGCCCACAGCCCACAGUGAUACAGAGACCCCGCUCCCAGGACUUUCAUUUUUUCCAAAACCAGAACGUGGGAUCCACCAGGGUUAGCGCUGCCCCUCAUUCCCCGUGCUCCGCAAGGCCCCGCCCACACGUGGACAGCGUGCAGAUUGGGCACUCCAGCGGACACGCGGCCCCACACGCAUGAUUGCUGGAAAAGCAGGACUGGACUUUCCUUACACACGUGUUAACUUAUCGGUCGACGGAGGACGGAGUGUGAGCCUUUGCCGAACAAACAAACGUAAGUUAUUGUUAUUUAUUGUGAGAACAGCCAGUUCAUAGUGGACGAAUAUUUUGAUCUUAAUAAAAAAUGAUAACCUGAUACAGGCUGUGUGCUGUUGGUGCAGUAAACAACGGCUGGACUAAGGGGGCUCAAGGGUUUGAUUUGUUGCAAUGAAAUUCAGUCUCCUCAGGUGUCCUCGGGCCUCGCGUUGCUUUGCGUCGCGCGUGC